UUCGCCCUCAAAAUUGGUUUCUUCAAGAAAUUCGCCCUAUUACGACCUAUAGCCCCCCUGCUCAUAGUUACCCAUCGGACUCCUCCUGCUACUUCUACCUCUCGCCCCUUCUUGCUUGCUCUCGCGCAAUCCGCUCUGCAAAACCCAUCAAGUAAUACCUAAUCCAACAUCUUACAGCCUCAUGUCUCUCUCCGCCAACGACAACUCCUUCUCUCGUGUGUCCUCUGGCAAGACUCCGCCUCCGGCGCCCUCUGCUGCGUAUGCUAAACGCGCGAGGGAGUUGGAAGCUGAGCAGAGCAUCGGCGCGAGAUACAGGCCUCCUGCGCUGCGCGCCCUCGCCUCCGGUGGCUCCCCUCCUAACGAGCAUCCCCCUUUGACAAACUCUCCCGCCGAUACCUCUUCCCUCCCUCCUACCAACUAUCCCCCGGGGUUCCGCAGAGCUAGGGCUGGGACCCUCCCAUCCAAUGUGCAGCUUGCCGCUCAGCGCUUCGCCGCGGCCUCGAGCAACCUGGGCAGUCCCGCAGGCUCGACUGACAGCUUCGCCGAGCAGCUCAGGCAGCGCAACGAUCUGGGCACCCCGACCAACACGUCAGCGGCGGCUGUCCCCGUCCGUCCCGGUUUACGUCACUCAGCCUCUGUCGCUUCGUCGGUCGCUUCCUCUGCGCUUACCGAACGCAACAGUCGCCUCCGGUCGGGCUCGCUCACGCUCCCAACGGGCGGACUGUCGAACGCAUUCGGUCCGUCCAUCUUUUCGUCCUCGUGGCUCUCGACGAGGAACGGUGGGAACGGGCUGCCGAUGUUGGACGAUUUGCGCUCGGUAGCAUCCAUGGACGACGAGUUUGACGUCCAUACCCUCGACUACCUCGGCUUGGACGACGGCGUACGUCACCCGCCCGCGGCGACGCUCUCGGAGCUCCGCAACCAGGCUCAGGCGGCGAUCACGGUCAACCUCAACAAUCCGGCUCGCAUGCGCGCCACGACGGUGUCGAACCCAUACCACCUGCGCCCCUCCGCCGCGUCGCUUCUGUCCACGCCGAACGCGGAGGAGGAAGAGGAGCUUUACGAGAAUGAGAUGUAUCACCGUGGCGGCACAGGCAUCGAUUCGUACGGUGAGACCGAAACCAGCAAUUAUCUCUCCGCGAACUACGUUGCCCAAGGCUUCAAGCAGUCCGACCACCUUGGCGUGGGCCUUGCGACUCGUCCGCGUGCCAUCUCUGUGGGCACUCUGGAUGACACUACGACCAGAAUCCAUCGCCGCGCUACCGUGAGUGAGCUGCAGUCCUCUUAUGGCGCCGACAUGUCGCUCCACGGCGGUCUGGGAGUCAGCUCUUUGAACCCUACGGGUAUACUGCGCUCUGAGAAGACCAUCGCCCCAAGGAACGGCCUCGCCGCAAGCGUGCACUUCCCCAACGCCGAGCCGCCCGCGAGCCGGGCUUCCGCGUACCUCGCCGCCCCUUCGACAAACCAGAACCGUGCCAUUUCGCCGAAGUCGGAGAAUUCGUCCACCCAGAUGCAGACUCCCACCCGCUCGCUCUGGAUCGGGAACCUGGACAGCUCGUUCACGAGCGAGCAGCUCAUCCACGUGUUCGCUCCGUACGGCGCCAUUGAGUCCCUCCGCUUACUCCCUGAGAAGGAGUGCGGCUUUGUCAACUUCGUCGACCAGGCCGAUGCCAUCCGUGCCAAGGAAGACGUCCUCAACCGUCUUGGUGGCGACAUCGGAAUGCCGAAUGGGCAGACUGUCCGCAUCGGAUUUGGGAAGGCGGACAGCGCGCCCGUCGCUCCCGCGAAGGGCGCGAACUUGAACAGCCCGAUCGCUACAUCGCCUGGCGGUGCCUUGGGCAAGAAUGGCAACCAGAACGCUGGGCUGUCGGGUAUGGACGCCCAGCUCCAGUCGACGCCUACCCGUGCCCUCUGGAUCGGCUCCAUCCCCUCGACCACCACGCCCGCGACGAUUCUCAGUGUGUUCAGUCCUUACGGCCCCAUUGAGUCGGCCCGUGUUCUCACGCACAAGAACUGCGGCUUCAUUAACUUCGAACGUCUCGACGACGCUGUGCGGGCGCGCAAGGCCCUCAAUGGGCGCGACGUCCUGGGCAGCGACGUCGGCGCUAUCCGCAUCGGAUUUGCCAAGGUUCCUGUCAAGAACGGCCAGGAUGGCAGCGGCGGCCAAGACGAGGGUGCAAAUGUCAGCGUACAGGGCGUCGGCGAUCUGAGCGUCGGUGCGACGAUCCAUGCCCUCCGUAACAUCAAGGGCGCGUCGACCAUUCCGGUGGAUCAGCAGGUGCUCAGCGGCUCCCUGGAAAACUACCGGUCCAACUUGUUGCUCAGCAUGAUCGCUGCCGGCGCGCACACGUACGAAGGUGUCAACAAGCCCGCCGGGUGGACCCCGUCCGUCACUGAGCAGCAGAUGAUUCUGAAGGAGUUGAGCGGAGGUAGCCCCGACGCAGAGGUGGACAUCCAGACUCUUGCAGAGUUCCGUCCCCCGACCAUGUAUUAUACUACUAUCCCCCUGGUCUCUGAGAGACCACACAACAGACGGUGGGACGCUUCGAAGCUUCGCGAACUGCGCAAGAGGCUGGACACGAGCACUAUCACGACUGAGGAUAUCGACAACGUCGCAGCUGACUUCCUCGAUGGCGAGAUUGUCGACCUUGCUUCGGACUGGCUUGGCAACACGGUCGUCCAGAAGCUCUUCGAGAAGUGCUCGCCGGGCCCGAGGAUGGCGAUGCUCGAGCGGAUCGCGCCUCAUCUCGCCAUGAUCGGCAUCCAUAAGAACGGCACUUGGGCUGCCCAGAAGAUCAUCGAGUGCGUUCAGACCCCGGAAGAGGUCGCCUUGGUCACCGCCAACUUGCGCCCUUACGUUCCUCCGCUGCUCCUGGAUCAGUUCGGAAACUAUGUUGUACAGUGCUGUCUCCGCUUCGGCGCACCCGCGACUGACUUCCUCUUUGACGCGAUGGUGGAUCGUCUGUGGGAGAUCGCUCAGGGUCGCUUUGGUGCUCGCAGCAUGAGGGCGUGCCUCGAGAGCUCUCACAUCACCCUCAAUCAACAGCGGCGGAUUGCCACCGCCAUCAUCCUCAACUCUAUCCCCCUGGCCACUAACCCGAACGGCGCUCUGCUGUUGACAUGGCUGCUCGACACCUCGAGCUUCCCGUCACGCUAUAACCUACUUGCGCCUCGCUUCACGCCUCACCUGUCGCACUUGUGCACUCACAAGCUUGCGUCGUUGACGGUUCUCCGUAUCGUCAAUCAGAAGGUCGAGCCAGAGGCGUCCAAGCAGAUUGUUGAGGCGCUGUUCAGCUCCCCUGGGGACCACGUCCUCACCGAUGUUCUCGGCGACCAGGUCAACGGUGUUGCUGUCGUCCACAAGAUCCUUACCAGCCCCUUCGUUGACCCUGCUCUCCGCCCAAGCUACGUCGAGGCCACGAAGCGCGUCCUCAUCGAGCUCAAGGUCAUCGCGACUCAGGCAUACCGCCGCUUGAUCGAGGAGGUUGGCCUGCCCGUCCCCAACCUGCAGCCGACGUACACGACGAACAUCCCGCAGCCCAGCGGCAAGUCCAAAUACAGUCAGCAGAACCAGUUUGGCAUGCCGGGUCUUCCGGCAGGGUACCCAUCGAGCGAUCAGGGUCUCCAGUCCAUGAUGGCCGCUCUUCAGAUGGGCGGUCAGAACGCCGCCUCUGGCCCUCCCCGCCUUCAGAUUGACCCCGGCUACGGCCAAAACGGUGGCCCUCCGCAGCAGCAACAGCAACAGCAGCAGCGCGGGGGUCGGUCCAACCCCCCGUCCGCGUUCUCGCCGAACUCCGACCCAUUCAAUCCGUUCGCUGUGCGCACUCCCGAGGCGACCACUCCUAGGAACAACGGUCCUCGCCGCAACGGGCCGUCUAACAACGCCGUCUCUCCGUCGCCGAUCCCGUACGGCGCCCAGUCGCCGAGUCUCUCCCAGGCGGCCAGCAUGCUUAACAUGAACCAACAGCCCCAGUACAACGGAAUGGCUCCGCAGUCUGUCCCACCGCACGUCUACCAGGCGUACAUGUAUCAGAUGUACCAACAGCAGAACCCCCCUAACAUGGGUACCUUCCACGCUUAGAGUCCUCCAACGUCAACCGCUAUCGGUUUCACGAUCUGUCACGAACUGCUCUCUGGAACAUACUGUCGAGCCAUGAGGAUACUCUGUUCUUUUCCCCCGUCACGUUGCUUCCCGUGUUUCCUACAUAUUGUCGUAUUGACUCGUGCGGCGGCCCGCGCGCUGGCUCCCCUGGGCUUCCGUGCUGGAUCCCCCGCCCAUCCGAUACCCUCUCUCUCCCACAAUACGCCGUACAUGUCACCCCAUAUGCCACUGCUACGCUCCCAAUAAACCCCCUUAGUCGUCGUGAUCCUCACUCAUUUGUUCCAUUAUCUCCCACAAAAAUUGGACGCGGUUCGGGCUGUAGGACGGUAUCGGGCGAAGAUACUGUACUGAAGGGUGACUCGUCUGGCUUGCAUUAUCUCGUCUUCUCUCUCAAUCCUCUCGUCUCUUUCCAUUCCGGUCGCUUACUAUGUAUUACAUACUGGAGGCCAUUGUGUGCGGCCGCUGAACAAUAGAAG